GCUUUCCCUCUGCCUUCAACUUGGCCAGCACACGGGGAUUCUCCAAUUGCUGUGUCCUUGACGGUCGCGAUACGUACGGGCGGGAGUUCUUGCACUGAUAUGUGAAAUGUCCUCUCCCUAGGCACUUUUGGCAUAUAGUAGACGAGGUCGCACUAGGGUUGUUGGUUGAGCGAUGAUGCGGGGCAUAUUUGGACAUGAUGGUUCGGGUCAAGGAAGCAGUUAGGGUUAGGGUCUAUUUAGUUUAUUUUCGAGUUAGGACCGCGACGCGUUGAUUCUUCGUGGGUACUUCUUCGUUCUUAUCCACCACCAUGGGCGGUGGUGCAUUUACCUUCAUCGGCCCUUUUCCUCGUCUCUCCCGAGACCUUUACGCAGCUCUUAAAGCGCGCCAUACUGCCGCACUUGGCAUCGUCUAUACCCAAGUCUGCACCCCCAUCGAGGCGCCAGAGAAACAAGACCACGGGGAUAUAGAUUUUCUGGUAUAUUCACCAGAAGCCCUCUUACCGUCGCAUGACACUGUCAAAGGGCUGCUUGGCGCUGCACAUGUUCUGCCAAUGCCAGGACCACGAACGUCGAAUUAUGCUAUCGCGAUCCCGGAAGAUGAAUUUAAUGCCCAGAUGCAUGAAGGGUGGUACCAAGUUGACGUCCAUGUCUGUGGGUCUCCUGAAGAGUUUGCGCGUGUGAGAUUCUUUCAUUCGUACGGUGAUAUGGGCAUGAUCCUCGGUCUGGUCGCACGGCAUUCCGGAUUACAUCUCGGCGUACACGGGCUGAAAUACCCAAAUCCCCCGAAUCCAGGCAUCAUGCUGUCAACCGACUUUGACGUUAUUGCUGACUUUAUCGGGUGUGAUAUGAAGCGAUAUGAACAAGGGUUUACUACAAAACGAGCCUUGUUCGAAUGGGUUGCAAAGUCGCGCUUCUUCACCCCCCGCAUGUUUGGCAAGAGGGACGCGGAAGGUGGUAAAAUAAAACAGGACAGAAAGAUGUACUGGGAGUUUGUCGCAUGGGCGCAAAGCCAACCAAAUUCAUCCAGUAACGAAAGUCCUGCCGAGAGACAGUGCAGGAUACGCGAAGAGGCUUUGCGUCACUUUGGCAAACAGAUCGUGUUGAACGUGCAGAUGAAUGAGAUCACAGCAAGGUCCAGAUUGAAGGCCGUAUUUAACGGAAAGAUAGUCGCUGAACGAGCUGAGAUGGGUACCCAUUGGCGUGGUGUAAAGAUGAUAAUGGAUCGUGUUAGGGAACAAUGUGGUGGCGGCGACGAAUCUGUUCUGAAAAUGCUUGACAAUGAAGAGGAUGGAGAGAAGAAGCUCAUGCAAAUGGUCAUUCAAGCUAGAGAAGACUUGGGUUUUAGUAAAACUAACGACAUUACCUCAGGAAACUAGCCGAUUGGAAUACAAAUAGCCCACAAAAUGAGAUGAAUGUUUUUCAG